AUGUCGUCCUUCACAGACGCAAAUUUUGUGAAGAAGUUGAACGAAAUUAACAACACUCAGCAGAGUAUUCAGACUCUGUCAUUAUGGCUGAUCCACCAUAGGAAACAUUCCAAGACGAUCGUCGAUGUUUGGAGACGGGAACUCGGAAAGGCCAAACCAGCCAAGAAAUUGGUGUUUGUAUAUUUAGCCAAUGAUGUUAUUCAGAACAGUAAGAAGAAAGGUCCAGAGUUUACACGGGAUUUUAUGACAGUUCUUCUCCCAGCAAUUAUGGUUGUAGGAAAAGAGCCAGAUGAAAAGUUGAAAGCUUCGGUUGGUAGAGUGUUGACAAUUUGGGGGGAGAGGGGAGUGUAUGAUAAAGAUUUUAUAGCCAAUUUACACAAACAACUAGGCAACCCGACUACAGCCACCACCAAACAAUCCAAGCCAUCAGCUGUUAAACCAGCGGCUAAACAGAUAGUAUCUUUGAAAGAAGAAGUUGAUGCCAUCGUGGAAGGGAAAGAUCCAGUCAAACCUGAUGUAGGUAUUUUUCAACCUGAAGAAUUAAUGAAGAGAUUGGCUGAUCUAGAAACAGCUGCCUCAAGUGAUGCUGCCGUCAGAGAAAAAAUAGCAGCUUUACCACCUGAAGUCUCUGAUAUCUCACACCUUGAAAAAAUUACAGACCGGCACCAAGCUAACAAUUUAUCAGAGACAGUAAAUGAAGCGUGUAAAUUAUUAGCUGAUUAUAAUGUGAGAUUAGAUUCUGAAUUACAGGAACGGCGAGAGGUGGCUGUCAUGCUCCGCCAUUUUAUAUCAACUCAGAAAGAACAGCUUGCUCAAGUCGAGUCCAAAUUAAUGGAGCACAGAUUAAAAUUGUCCAAGUUUAUCGGAAUACGACAUGAGUUGAAAUCUCAUGUCCAGAAUUUACCUGAUAUUAAUAUGUUACCAGAAGGGUUAGCUCCCCUUCCUUCAGCCGGCGAUCUCUUUUCAUUAUGA